CUAAUCCGAAAUUCCAACUGCUUCUUCCGGUUCAAUUAAUAAUCAAAAAAUAAAAGCUUUUCUCUUUCUCCCUCAACCGCAUCACUGUACUCAGCAUUCCAUUCAGAUUUCUGAUUAAUGGUUAAACCUCGAAAACCCUAGUCUAAUUCAGCUAUGUCUCCUCCGGCAUGUGAUGGAAUUGAAACUCCGUCAACGACAACUAGCUGUUGCUGUAGAUGCGAAGAAGAAGAAGAAGUUGUUAAACCGGAUGGGCAGAACUGUCUACAUUGUAAAAUAAUUGAUCAACCUUCUUCUUCGUCGUGUUUUGUUAGAUCUGAAGAGCUUGAAAAGUUACGGAGAAUUUUAAUAGCUUCGGCCAAGGGUUUUUCAAUUGGAGCUGGUUUAAAGGGUGGACUUUCUAUCUUCUCUAUUCUUGCUCGUUUUAAGAAAACUAAAUUAUCUCCUACUCAAAGGAAGGCGGGGAUGGUUUCAAAUGGUGAAGCAAUUAUUAAAGCAGUCAAGGAGACCCUAAGAUAUGGAUUAUUUCUUGGUGCAUUUGCUGGCACAUUUUCUUCAGUUGAUGAAUUCAUAGCUGCUGUUGGAGGACAUCGUAGGACGGCAGGUUGGAGAGCAUUGUUAGCUGGGGCAAUUGCAGGUCCUACGAUGCUUAUGACUGGUCCUAAUACAGAUCAUACAAGUUUGGCCAUAUAUAUUCUGAUGAGAGCUGCUGUUUUAGCUUCUCGGUGUGGAAUUAAAAGCAAAAGAUUUGGACGAAUUUGUAAACCACUUACUUGGGCUCAUGGUGACAUUUUUCUCAUGUGUUUGUCUUCUUCACAAAUCCUGUCUGCUUACAUAUUGAAGCAAGACAGUUUACCUCAUUCAUACAAGUCCUUUCUAAAUACACACGGUGGAAAGCAUGCUGCUAUCCUCCAAGGCAUUAAAGAGAUUGCAAGUGGGAUGCCUUUGACUAAUUUGGACGGGAUAGAGAAGCAUUAUAAGUCCAUGGGUGUGAACAUCAAACUAGAUCCUCAAAUGAAAGUUCCCUGUACGAUUGUACAUGGAAACCAAUCUUGUCAGUCACAUAUUUUAUCCUUCCUCCGUCAAGCUUAUGCAAGAGCCUUGCCUGUUUAUCUUCCAGUAUAUUUAUUCCCAGCACUAAUAGUACAUCGUCAAGACCUAUUGAAAAGGCCUUUUACAAUUUUAGGAAAGGGUCUAUUCGGCACUGCGAGGUCUAGCUUGUUCCUAUCAGUUUACUGUUCAUCAGCUUGGAUGUGGACUUGCAUUCUAUUCAGAGCUUUUAAGACAUGCAAUAUACCGAUGGUGGCCAUGGGAACAUUCCCUCCUGGCCUGGCAUUGGCGAUCGAGAAGAAGAGCAGACGAAUUGAAAUCUCUCUCUACUGCUUUGCACGAGCUAUUGAGAGCUUCUUCACAUGCAUGAUUGAUGCAGGUAUUCUUCCAAAAUCAAAGAAAUUAAAUAGAGCCGAUGUGCUGAUAUUCAGCUUGUCAACAGCCAUUAUCAUGCACUGCUACGCACAAGAAAGGGAAGUUUUUCGAUCCAAGUACUUGAACGUUCUUGAUUGGGUUUUCGGAGUUCCUCCUCCAACAAGUGAAACACCUCGAGGCAAACAAAACUAAAGUCAAGUACACCGAUGUUCACGAGUCUUUUUAGGGAUAGAUAUAAUGCAUGACAGAUUUUGUAAAUUGGACUGCCAAGGGUCACCCUGCAUUCAAUGGGAUCCCAAAAUUCAAGUCAUAAGUUAAGCUGUUGGCAAAUAUGUGUUAUAUUCUUUGAGAUGUCUAUGUGUGUUACAUGAGCAACUCUGAACUAAUAAAAGCAGUUGCUAAAAAGAAAAUCAAUAAUUUUGAAUCUAUCAAUUUUGUAA